AUGCGUUUCUCUAAGCUAUUGGUAGCUGCCUUGGCUCCCGCCGGCCUGCUCGCCGAAAAAGCCGCCAAGACAGCCUCAACAGCAGAGCUCGGUUUAGACCCCGCGGCUCUAGACGCUUUGCUGGCAAAACACAAUCUCGCAAUAGUCCCCCGAUCAGAGCUCACGGAUGCCUUGACGGAAUUAACCAGCCUUCUCAGGAAGAGCCAGGCACAGCAACUGAGAACUCCGUUGUAUCCACGGGCACAGGGCAAUCAGAAUGAGACAGAUUCGAGUUCCGACUCUGGCUCAGGGUCAAGAUCAGGGUCCGGCGGAACUGUUAAUACACAAGAUUUAGGGGACCUCCUUCCAGGUCUUGGUGACCUGGGUGAUCUUCUCGGUGGUUUGAAGGACAUCACAACGAGCUUAGGUGACCUUGGAGACCUUGUCAAGGCUCUUUCACAAUUAUUGACGCCUGAAUUCCUGGAGGCUGUACACGACUCGCUCACAUUCCUCGCUGACACCCUCCGACCACCUAUGCCCAUGCUCACCAGGAAUCUCGUAAUGAAGGCUGGUCCCCUAGUCGACUUACUCGGCGAGUUACCGCUAGAAGACCUUGUUGGUGACAUUAAGGAUAUCGAUAUCAAGGGAAUAGUCCAGGCAUUGAAGCCACUACUAACGCCCGAUACGAUCAAGAGUCUCGUCACCUUGCUCAACAACGCUGGAAGCCUGUUGACUAAGGAAACUCCGCUAUUGACGGAAGACUCUAUCAAGGGCCUGGUCGGAUUACUGGGCAACGCUGAGAACCUUUUGACAGCAGACUUCGUUAAGCAAACCAAGAAUCUCAUUGCUGGCGCCGCCCCACUCCUUGCAAACUUGGGUGACAUUGAUCUGGGCGCCUUGGUUGAACAAAUCAAGCCUAUCCUGGAUCAAGUUGGAAAGCUCGAUCUUGAAGGUCUAUUCAAUGCACUUAAGCCGCUAUUAACAGAAGAUUCUAUUAAGGGCCUGAUCGGAUUAUUGGGCAACGCCGAAAACCUCUUAACCCCUGAUUUCGUAAAGGAGACCAAGGGCCUCAUCUCCGGGGCAGCACCAUUAUUAGAAGAGCUCGGCAAGCUUGACCUUGAUGGUUUGAUCAAACAGGUCACACCAAUUCUGAACGAGGUCGGAAAGCUUGACCUUACAGGCCUCUUUAACGCCUUGCAGCCAUUAUUGACAGAAGAUUCAAUCAAGGGACUAUUAGGGCUUCUGCGUAAUGCUGAAACCCUCCUUACUGCUGACUUCGUUAAGGAGACUAAGGGUCUCAUAGCCGGCGCCGGACCAUUAUUGGAAGAGGUUGGAAAACUUGACCUUGAUGGCUUGAUUAAACAGGUCACACCAAUUUUGAACGAAGUUGGGAAGCUUGAUCUAGCAGGUCUCUUCAAUGCCUUGCAACCUCUAUUGACCGAAGAUUCCAUUAAGGGUCUAUUAGGCUUGCUUGGUAACGCGGAGAACUUGCUCACUGCCCAGUUCGUCCAGCAGACGAAGCAAUUAAUCGCGGGAGCUGCACCCCUUUUAAAGAGUAUCGGCGAUCUAAACCUUGAAAAGUUGAUCGAUCAGGUUGAGCCAAUUCUGAAUGAAGUUGGAAAGCUUGACUUGGACGGCCUUCUCAAGGCUCUCCAACCCUUGUUAACUGAAGACUCAAUCAAAGGUCUUGUAGCGUUGCUUGGUAAUGCCGAGAACCUACUCACUGCUCAGUUCGUCCAACAAACCAAGGAAUUGAUUUCUGGAGCUUCACCUCUGCUAAAGAGUCUCGGUGACCUCAACCUCGAAAAAUUAAUCGAUCAAGUUGAGCCAAUUCUGAAUGAAGUUGGAAAGCUUGAUUUAGCUGGCCUGCUCCAGGCUCUCCAGCCUUUGUUGACUGAGGAUUCGAUUAAGGGUCUUGUCGGUCUCCUCGGAAAUGCCGAGUCACUGUUAACUAAGAAUUUUGUCGAUGAGACCAAGACACUCAUCGGUGGCGCCGUUCCUCUGAUCUCAUCACUUGGCAAGCUUAAUCUACCUGAGCUCAUUAACAAGAUCUCACCGUUACUCGAUGAGCUCGCUAAGAUAGACCUUGGUAAGCUGGUCGCCAUGGUUGAACCUCUGCUCAACGAGCUCGGCUCUAUCGAUAUCGACAGCUUGAUCAAGCAGAUUUCGCCCAUCUUGAACGCCGUGGGCAAGAUCGACUUUGCGUCAUUGAUCGAGCAGAUCGAUCUUGAGGGCACAUUCGAGGCAGUAUCGCCUCUGCUGACUCCUGAUUCCGUAACAGGUCUUGUUGGCCUUAGAUUCGUCAACCAAACGCAGACUCUGAUUGGCGAGAUUGAUCUCAAGGGAUUGCUAGCUCAGGGUCUAUUGGCCAAGGUUACACCGCUGCUCAACGAGCUCAGCGAAAUCGACCUGAAGGGUUUAUUGGCUCAAGUCAAGCCUCUGCUGAACACCCUCAGCGAAGUCGACCUAUCUGGUCUCAUUUCAAGCAUCAAGCCUCUCCUGGGUGCUCUCAAUGAUAUCGACAUUGAGGGCAUCGUUAACCAACUCAAGCCCCUGAUUACCCCAGACUCUGUCAAGGGCAUCGUAACCCUCGUAGACAACGCCAUGGCCUUGUUAUCCGCUACCUUCGUCGACCAGACAACAGAAUUGAUCGGCGAUGCUACACCGAUUGUUGCUACUCUCUCCGACUUCGUCAACGCUAUACUUCAGGCGUUGCUGCAACAAGAAUAA